UUGAUAGUGGCAACCAAUCAGACGCGACAUGACCACGAUAAAUGCCAGGGCAUUGUAUAGGCUUGACGAGCGUGUAUGGAGUGAGCCAAUCUUGCCUCGACGUACAUAUGUACAUAGAUAUGUCUACUCGCUCUUUUCCGUCCAGAUUUCUUCCAAAAAUACAUACGCGGGCAUAUAGGUGCAUACCUAGGUACAUACGUACAUGUAGAUAUGAAGAAGUACCAGUUGACAUAUGCACUUACACAUGCUGGCGUGGAUAUACAAAGCAACUACUUACUGCAUAUAUACAGUAUUUCUAGAUGUAAUAGUCAAGGCUUAUCAUCCUCGAAAAUUAAUAGUCUUCCAAGUUUGAGUCCAUUGGUCGCAGCAGUUGGCCACGUGAGCCAGAUGUGCAGAUGCCGUUUGGGUACCUUGCCAAGUGUUCCGCGAUAAUAGAUUCAAAUUUUACUCGUCGGAUGAGUCACAUAUCUUGAAGCCUCUCCAGGAAAACAGUUGACUGUGCCCAGUGACGCCUGCUUUCUUCUCUGGAAGGUUUAACUGUCGUCUGGAGGUCACGUGUGUUCAUCCCAAAACGAUUUAGUCGAAGUAACUUCUCGUCAACUUCUCGUUUCCCCUUCUUCGAUGCCUCGGCUGCACUCUCUUCCGUGUCGCAUGUCAUGCCCUGGCUCUGCAUGUGCAUCCGCGACUGCAACUGUGUACCGGUUUCUGGUAUUGAUCGGAUUGGUUUUCCGGCAAGCCAGCAUACCCUUCGAGAGACGGCAUUGACGCACGAAUUGAGUAUUCAGAUAGAGUGGAUGUGUUCGGCACCUAGCCCAGACAGGCUCCUGUGCCGUGACGCAAGCAAUAACCUUUUCCAAGCUUCUACACUUGUUUGACACCCUACUAUAUCAAUGCUCAGCUAAGAGAGCGCAAUAUCCAGCACCAUACAGGCUGUUUUACUGCCUGGUCAUAUACACCACAAGAACAAAAAGGUACGAUCGCAUCGACUGGUCGAUCUGGUACAUGUGCUCGAAUUUCCACCAAUCCUGGGGAUGAUUUUGCUCCAUAUUUUCUUUUCUAACAUCCUUACACCAGAAAUUACCAAGGAGGUUGCACUGGGGAUGAGACACAAGUGGUGUUACUCUCCCUCUUCAUUGCCUCGUCAACGCAAUUCUAGCCGCGUCGCUCCGCGAUGGAUGCCAUAUGCUCCCCACCAUAGGCGACACGGCAUGUAUGUAGUGGCAAUUAUUGGCUAUGCCCAACCCCU